UUCGGCUUUAAGGGGGCGUCUCUUCCUAUCUUCCCCGAUCUCUAGUCUGAGCCAGAGCAAUCGCAGCGAAUCUCUAUCUCCACCGCUCCCUUCCAGCGCAGCUCCCCGCAUUAUUAAAGGAGUGCAAAAGAGGAUUGUUCAGUUCAAGGAAAUGAAGAAUUCAGAAUAAUUUUGACAAAUGGAUUCCAAUAUGAAAAUAAGAAUACAAUGAACAUUUGACCUGCUUUGAAGACACAUACUGCCCAUUUGUCUAAAGUAAUCUGUAACAGUCUGACUAAUCAAAAUGAAUUCAACUUUAUUUUCUCAGGUAGAAAAUCAUUCAAUAUACUAUAAUUUUUCCGAGAAGAAUUCCCAGUUUCUGGCUUUUGAAAAUGAUGACUGUCACCUGCCAUUGGCCAUGAUAUUUACCUUAGCUUUGGCUUAUGGAGCUGUGAUCAUUCUCGGGGUCUCUGGAAACCUGGCCUUGAUCAUAAUCAUCUUGAAGCAAAAGGAGAUGAGAAACGUUACGAACAUCCUGAUUGUGAACCUUUCCUUCUCAGACUUGCUUGUUGCCAUCAUGUGUCUCCCCUUUACAUUUGUUUACACAUUAAUGGACCACUGGGUUUUUGGUGAGGCCAUGUGUAAAUUGAAUCCCUUUGUGCAAUGUGUUUCAAUCACUGUGUCCAUUUUCUCUCUGGUUCUCAUUGCUGUGGAACGACAUCAGCUUAUUAUUAAUCCACGGGGGUGGAGACCAAAUAAUAGACACGCUUAUGUAGGCAUUGCUGUCAUUUGGUUCCUUGCUGUGGCCUCUUCUCUACCCUUCGUGAUCUAUCAAGAAUUGACGGAUGAGCCUUUCCAAAAUGUCACACUCGAAGCAUUCAAGGACAAAUAUGUGUGCUAUGAUAAAUUUCCGUCAGACUCUCAUAGGUUGUCUUACACCACUCUCCUCUUGGUGCUGCAGUAUUUCGGCCCGCUCUGUUUUAUAUUUAUUUGCUACUUCAAGAUAUACAUCAGAUUAAAAAGGAGAAACAACAUGAUGGACAAGAUGAGAGACAAUAAGUACAGGUCCAGUGAAACCAAAAGAAUCAACAUUAUGCUGCUGUCUAUUGUUGUAGCAUUUGCCGUCUGCUGGUUGCCGCUAACCAUCUUUAACACUGUGUUCGAUUGGAAUCAUCAGAUCAUUGCCACGUGCAACCAUAAUCUCUUGUUCCUGCUCUGCCACCUCACAGCAAUGAUAUCCACCUGUGUUAACCCUAUAUUUUAUGGCUUUCUAAACAAAAACUUCCAGAGAGACCUGCAGUUCUUCUUUAACUUUUGUGAUUUCCGGUCUCGGGAUGAUGACUAUGAGACAAUUGCUAUGUCAACCAUGCACACGGAUGUGUCAAAGACUUCUUUAAAACAAGGAAGCCCAGUUGCAUUUAAAAAAAUCAACACCGAUGAUAAUGAAAAGAUCUGAACUGCUUGUAUCAAAUGGUCCAGAUGACUUACAUGUUAAAGCAAGCACAAACUGCAAUGUACUUUUAUUACCUAUCUCUCAAAGAAUGGGGUUAAAACAUUUUAAAGAGAUGAAGAUUUUUGGUCUUGCUUUUUACUGCUUUUAUAGUAGUUGUCCAAAUUACAUUUGAAACAAAUGGUUGGGCUUUGAAAUCUUCGGGCAAUUUGACCAUACAUCUUUGAAGUGCUUUUUGUAAACAUGCAUAUAAUAUAAAUGCUUUUAUAUGUAUUUAUUGGAAUGAAAUUUCUUUAAAGUAUUGCUAGUAACGGACUUUAGAAACACUAUACCCAAAACUCAUUGAGUUGGGCCAUCUUGAUUAAUAUAGAUUGCACAAUCCUCAUGAGGUGGUAGAUAUGAUUUCAAUCUUAUGCAGAAGUGGCAAUAUACAGAAGUACAGAAGCAGCAUUCAAAAUAUAGAACUAGAGUCUUCCUGCAGUCUCUGUCCAUAGUCUGAAGUCAUUCUGGAAUGAUUCUUAUUAAAAAACAUUUUUAAGAGAGGAUUGCUUUUGUUCCUAAUUGACUGCCACUUAAAUAAAGAUGCAUAAGGGAUAUUUCUCAGCUGUGUAUAUCAUGGGGAAUUGAACCACCCAUAAUAAUUAGGAAGAAAAGCAUCUACCUAACUUUAAAAUUAGUUUGGUACCUGACAAAGGAUUUAAGAGCAGUAGUCUGAUUGGUAAAUUAAGAUUGCUGCAGGUAGUUGAAUUAUAUUUGAUUUGAUGGUUAAAAGGUUUUCUUUAGUCUCUUGAGUAUCUGUCAAUCUUUCUAGUAAAUAUAUACAUGUAAUUCAAAAGGUACAUGUAAUUUAUAGUAGUUAAAUCACAAAAAUGUAUUUUCCAUAUGUCAGUGUUCAUAAGAUCACUCAUUUUCUUAACUCUUAAUGUCAAACUUUCACAGAAAGACAAGAUAUAAUGUUGAAUGAUCACCAUCACUACCAGGUAUAAAUAUCAGAAAACAGAACAAUAAUCCAUGUUAACAUGUACAAACUUGUGUGCCUUGUGGUGUCAUAAAUAUUGCACUAUAAACAGUAUGAGUAGUUAUGUCAUGUUGAUAUACUUAAUUUUGUGUACCCUAUAAUCAUGAUUGAGCUCCAUAAUCUUCUGGAGGAAAGCUACUUUAAAGAACAAGAUAUAUCUUUGAUGUAUUAUACAAAGCAUUGAAUGUGUUUGAGUUUAGAAGGGCAACACUUCUUUAUUAAAAUUGUUUUUGCUUUUUCUGAGGA